AUGAUUGGUAAUCCAAUACGGAGAGAUCAAAAGCGUAUCAUUUGGAUUGAUGGCGGUAAUCAUGCACGAGAAUGGCCAGCAUUUCACACCGCUGCAUUUUUUAUCAAUAAGCUUCUAACAGGAUAUGGGAAUGAUCCGGAAAUUACGAGAUAUAUUAAUAACCUGAAUUUUUAUAUACUUCCCAUACUUAAUCCAGAUGGUUUUGUAUUUUCUCGUACAUCAAAAUCUGACCUUAUCAGACAAUGGAGAAAAAAUCGCGCUCCAGAAAAUUGUACCGGUAGUAUACUCUUUCGGAAAAAUCUAUGUUGCGAAGGAGUUGAUCUCAAUCGAAAUUAUGAUUUUGAUUUUCAUCAAACUUUUUAUCCAUUUAAUAAUUCAUGUUCAGAUGAAUAUCAAGGACCAUUUCCAUUCAGUGAACCGGAAUCACGAGCGGUGCGGGAUUUUAUCACAUCAAAUGAGCUGCAAAAUAAAACGGAUGCAGUUAUAAGUUUACAUACCCAUGGGCAACUUAUCAUUCUUCCAUAUAAUCAUCGUCGUAAAACAUAUCCUACCGACUAUGCUGAUUUGAUGGCUGUAGCACAAAAGGCAAAAAAUGCUAUAAGAAAACAUAACGGAAAUGAAUAUGACAUUGGUACUGCUGCUGAUAUACUUGGUCCGGCAACCGGUAGUGCAACGGAUUGGAUUAAGCGCAAUACGAAUAUCAAAUAUGUUUAUGUAUUUGAAUUACCACCAGCACAUACAUCAUGGUUUGCUUUUCAAGUAAAACCAUAUAAAUUAUUACCAAUAGCAAUUGAAACAUGGAACGGUGUACGCGUUAUUGUUGACCAAGUACUCAAAGAUAAUAAUUUAUAA